GGAAGUUCACCUCUGGUGCGUCAAAUUGCCUUCCUCCUCCUCCUCCUCCUCCUCCUCCUCCUCCUCCUCCUCCUCCUCCUCCUCCUCCUCCUCCUCCUCCUCCUCCUCCUCCUCCUCCUCCUCCUCUUUCGCGCACUCCGCUUCCCCUGCUUUCGCCGAUCCCUCCCUGCUCGCCUCCUAUUGGUCCCUGCUGAGUCAGCAGGAGAAGCACCGGAUCGCAUCGUCACCGCCACAUCAGCAGCACGCAGCCGCCAAGCUGCCUUCCCGUCGCCAGCUGGCGGACUCCUAUUGGCUGAGCGGCGCCGACUCCGUGCCGUCCCCCUCGCUGCCCUGGCCGCUGUCCCCCACGCAGCUGCAACAGCUGCUCACGCGCGCCCUCGUGCGCGUCUCGCUCGCCCGCUACCUGGAGGGGAGAGUGCACCCGGCGGACAUUCUCUUCCGCGCCAACCCCUGGGGCAAGCCGCAGGUGUGCUGGGCCUCCACCUUCAACCCUGCGUCACCCAACCCACGCACCCAGCCCUGGCAGGAGCAUGAGAAGGAGGGGGUGAAGGCGCAUGCAUCAGAAAGGAGCAGCGUGGACAGCAGAGAGGCAGGGCAGCCCGUGAGCAUGGAGAAGGCAGGUCACCCCUUGGAGUGGCGGCGCGAGGAAGCUGCUGAGACCGCCACGGGCAGGGAAUGCGGGAGUAAGAGUGCAGGUAACACGGUGACUAGUAGCAGCAGGAGUUCUCUUGACACCCGCCGUGAUGACUCGUGCACCAGCAGCAGCAGCAGAAGCAGAAGCCCGGGCGACAGCAGCAGUGGAGCAGUGUCCUUACAUUUCAACGGGAAUGGGAGAGGAGGGGGAAGGAGAGAGGAGUGGGAAUGGGAGAGGAGGGGGAAGGAGAGAGGAGUGGGAAUGGGAGAGGAGGGGGAAGGAGAGAGAGAGAGGAGUGGGAAUGGGAGAGGAGGGGGAAGGAAAGAGGAGUGGGAAUGGGAGAGGAGGGGGAAGGAAAGAGGAGAGGGAAUGGGAGAGGAGGGGGGAGGAGAGAGGAGUGGGAAUGGCUGCCCUGCCUGUGGCUCACUGCUUGCUUUCGUUUCUUCCACCUCACCCAUUCCCUCUCUCCCUCUGGCAACCAUUCCCCCCCAACUCCACUCCCCCCCUACCCCCCAUUUCUCCCCCUCCACGGCCCUACCACCCCGCCCUCCUCUCCCGGUUGCAUACGCAUGUGUUGCCUCUCCCUCCCCCCUCUCGCCCCCGACAGGCGUGGGCCAUUGGCCUCACCCACCGUUCCAGCCCCGCCCCCUCUCUGCUCGCCUGCCACCAACCAGCACCCGGCGCCUCCCCUGCCGCUCACUCCCCACCUCAUGCCUCGUCGCACGAUAUGCUCGCCUGCGAUGCUGA